GUCCGGACAAAAUUUCCCACGGCCCGGAUCAAGCGGAUCAUGCAGGCCGAUGAGGAAGUAGGCAAGGUCGCUCAGCAAACCCCCAUUGCUGUAGGCAAGGCAUUAGAGCUGUUCAUGAUCCAGCUCGUCACAAAGAGCGCGGAUGUUGCCAAGGACAAAGGAUCUAAGAGAGUCACGGCAUCCAUGCUGAAGCAGGUGGUGGAGGCAGACGAGCAGUGGGAUUUUCUCAGGGAGAUUGUC